UUCCUGUCUGCCACAUUUCACGUGACCUACUCGUACGUCUCAGUUGGAUUGGUUUUAAAGGAGGUCGGUGAAGAAUUCAGGAUCAAUUCAAUUUAAUAACUUCUAAAGUCGAAACGCGUUUCGAAUAUAAGAACUAAUAAACUUUAUUUUUCGAAGGUGUUGUGUGUGUGGGAUGCGGUAACGUGACUAGGGUUACAGCCGUCCCAUUGCCCCGCCCCCCACUAUUCAACUUUCAUGGAUAUCCUUUGGUUUUUACGGACUUUUACGGACAUGUUUUUGGGGCUAUUUUUUACGGACUUUCCGAACUGUGGGCAAACUUGGCCCCGACUUUGUUACCCCACUGGCGUGAUGCCCAAAAUUAAUGUAUUUUUACCGGCGUGAUCUGAAAUAUAGUAGUAGUCAGUAGCGUCACUGGGGUUUGGUGUGUCACAGUGCAGUAAACUCGUUGUGUCACCGCCUCCAAACUUACUUGACCACAUGGACCUCUUUCGAGUCUGCCUGCUCUGAUGACAACCUGCUCUGAUGACAACCUGUUCUGAUGAGAGCCUGCUCUGAUGAAAACCUACUCUGAUGAAAACCUGCUCUGCCGGCAACCUGCUCUGAUGACAACCAGCUCUGGUGACAACCAGCUCUGGUGACAACAUGGUCUUUUAAAAGACAUACGAAUAGCAACAAUCCGAAAUCUCAACUUGCAAGUGAUUUCCACUUAUUUUAGUCAAAGCAGUGAGAUAAUCACCAUCUUCCAAAUAACAAAGCUGUAAAUAGGGGAGAGGGGUACCGGGGAAAAGUAUGUUUAUUUACCAUCAUUUUAUGCGUGCACUUACAUUUAAAAUAAGUAGGUCAUUGUCAUGUCGUUUCAGAUGUCAGUCGUGAGCCACGCUGUUCUUAACAUCUUAAAGCGCCUCCUAGUGGUGGUCCUCCUGUACAUCUCUAGCGUACGCGUCGCCACGUUCUCCAAUUUCGUCGGCCUGGCAAUAUGUACCUUCGGACUUGUGCUGUACUCAACUGAUCAACAA